AUGGAUGAUAAUUUCGAUAUUACGAAUCCUGGUAUUGAGCAAAAUAAGUCAGGAUAAAUAUUUAAGAAAAUCAUUAUGCCAAGCAGCAACACCCAAUAAAAUUUGUUAAGCAGCACACUACGUCCUAAAUCUGAACGCAAAAAAUUAAAUUAAAGUGAUGAUGAAGCAGACAAACUUGUAUAAGAGAGAAAAGAAAGAUAUUGGGAGUAAACAAUGGCAAAAAUAGCAUUUACUCCACCAGAUGAAAAUUACUAUAAAGAAAAAAAAUAUGUUGUUAAGCCAGGUUUUGGUUUAUUUAAGGCAUUUGCUUCAGCCAGGGUAGGCUUUAAUAAUUUACAUAUAAAUAUACCAGAAACUUUGAUGGUAUAGGAGUCUAAUACAUUUCUUCUUUAUACUGAUGAAUAUGGAAGGGUAAGGAGAAAAGCAGAUUCUUCAUGGAUUGAAUUUGAAGCCAAGUGUAGAAGAGAACAUGAAUACUUUUGUCUCAGAUUUAAACAAUCUAUAGAAGGUUAAUCUAAGAAUCGUAAGUUUAAUGAAAGAAUGAGCAUCUUUGAAUUAUACGAAAAACUAGAUAUUAAAUAAAAUCCUGAGUGUCCUGUAAUGAUACUUCGUGGUCAAGCUUAGAAUGAUUGGAAAUUAUCUUAAAACGUUUAUUAAGCUAAAACCCUUAAUGAAAAAAGAUAAACAGAUGCAAGCAAUAGCAGCGUUGAAUAAAGAUUCAUUUUUUCAAGGCCAAUGAAAGCAACUCUCAUUAGAUUAGUCUAUAACACAAGAAAUUCGAAAGAUACUGUUGCAAAUUAUGCAUUCAGAAUAUAAAGCUAUAAUGAAAUUUUUGAUCCAGAUCUAAAGAAGAAUAUUAAUUUAAAAGCUUGCAUAAACUAAGAGAAGAAAAAUAGUUUUGAUGUUUAAAAUGUAAAAGGAAAUGGAUUAAAAGAAUUUGAAAGAUAGGCAGAGAGUUUAGUCAGAUUUUUAGAAAAAAAUAACUAAAUUAGAAUAAGAUAAGUUGUUCUUGACUUUAUAUAAGAUUUAGAAGGAAAAAUAUGGUUAAUUAGUAUGAAGAGUAUAAGAGCAGAAAACACAAUUUCAAUGGAAGAAAUUAUGGCAAAAAAAGCAAAUACUGAUGAAGAGGAUUCAAAAAAGACAUUGGACCAAUUAACAUGCUCUGUUUAUUGCAAACUGUGCGGAAUCUUAUUUAAAAAAGAUGACGCGAGUAAAGUUUUAACAUACAAACUACUUUGGGAAUUAGUUUAACAUUUAAAGAAGAGAAAUAUUCCUUUAAAUAAUAUCAAAGUUUCUCAUAGUUCAACUAGACCUUGUCGUGUUUGCAAUUUGUGUUAUAUGCUUGUAGUAGGAGAGCAUGAAUUAAUUGAAAUUGAAUAAAAAUUCGCAGAGGCUUAAAACAUUCCAAUCUACGAUGCAGUUAUUAGAGUUCCUAUAGAUACCAAACCUAAGCAUCGUCCAGCACUUCUAAGCGAAACAUUAAAUUAAUGGCGUUUAUUGUUCUACAUAUGUGAUAUUAGCAAUAUUGGCAUUGAUUAAAAUAUAGAUUUUUAAAACCUGUAUUUCUAGUAUAAGCUGCAUAAUUAUAAAACAAGCUUCAAAAUAAGUGUCAAAGAUUCUGAUACUGACAGAAGAAACCUUACAUCUGAUUAGAAUUCUUAGAAUAGAAAUAGCUUUAAAAGUAUAAGAAGUGACCAAGUAAAGAGUCCAACAAAUUAACAAUAGCAGCAAACUCAAAGUUCAAGACACUAUUCCCAUCUUAGUAUGAAUCAUAUUCGUGUGCACUAUUUCUUUAGCGAGGAUUUAAACAUAGAAAAAUUCCUUAAAGAUACCCAAAUUAAAGUAAGAUUGACAUAAGGACCAGAUUGGAAUGCUUUUCUUGCUGAAGGUUCAUCUAAAACAAUCUCACAUUUCAAAAACAAAGAAUAAGGUGGUUAGCGCCAUUCCUCUCAAAUUCUUCUUUUCUUUGAGAAUGCCAAAUAUUGCGUACUUAAAAUAAAUGCUGGUCUAGUGUGUGAUGGAGAAUAUAAUACUGGAAAAUUAAAUCUCCAUAAGCACAACGAUAUUUAUUUCCCUGAUGAAAGUUUCUAUAACUCGAAUCCAUUCCCAGAUGAAUGGAUGGAAAUGUUUGAUCCCCAAUACGUGUCUCGUAAAGAAGAUAUGAAAGAAUAAGAAGGAACUGAAAAAUACUCUCCAAAGUGUACUCCAGCUGAAUUAAAUAAAAUGAUUGAUUUUAAUUCGCACAAAAGUAAAUUGAAUGCAUAAAGCAUAGUUUCUUAAAUGAUAAGAGCUAAAUCUGCAGUAACAAUAAAACAAUAAACUGCAACACCACAGUAAAACUAAACACCUGCAUAGUUUUCAGCUAAAAAUUAACUUUUUGGUGCUUAUGGAUUCGAACCUAAUGAGCACCAGCAAAACUACACAUAAAAUACCUAAAAAAAUAUGCAUUAGUAAGAUUAGGAUUAAAUUUAAUCUCUUAAAGAUAAAAGAGCUGCCACUGCUAAAGAUACUCUAAGAAAAAAUUAAUCAGAAUAAAAAAUUAAGAGGCCUGUAACAGGUAUUUAAGCAUACAACUCCUAAGGUGAUCCUAAUUUAAAAUCCUAACCAGGAUAAGAUUAGAGACCUCAGCCUAAAGGAUCUUAUGGGUUCUUAUUAGGAAGUGACGAUAAAAAGAGUAGAGCUGAAAUGCUUGCUUCUAUAAAGAAAUAUGGUUAGCACUCUAAUGAUGAAGAUGACGAUGAAUUUGAUGAUAUGCCUGAUGAAACCGAAGAAAUAAUUACUGAAAAAUUAAAAGAACACUUCAAGUUAAUAAACAAAAUGAAUGAAAAUUAAUAUGAAUAAUAGCAGUAGUAGUGA